CCAUUCCCAAGGAAUGCAUGCAGUGUUAUUUUUUCCAUUUUCCUUUUACAGAGCAACGAUGAGUUACCUCGUCAAUUGGAUGCCUUUGACCCCACUCACGGACGAGGAACUCUGUAGCAGAGGAGUCGGUAUCAAGGAGGAGCUCAACGAUGUUGUCACCGAAGAGACAUGUCUGGAUAUUAAGGACGAACCACUGGAUUACGGAGAAGAAUUGGGGGAGGAAGUGAGCGACCGGAAAGUGAAAUCUGAAGGACUUUUCUUUCAAAAUCUGCAUGAACUGAGACAUGAAGCAAAUGAAACGGACUCGCAUGACCUGGUUCAGGAUGGUAAUGGCAUCUUAGAAACGCCAUUUGUGGCUGAGGACAGUGGGAGCAAGUGUUCAUCAGAUGGGAAUCAGGCGAUGUACAAGGUAAGUCCUGAGGGGGAUAUACAAACAAAAGUGGAAGCCACAUUGAAACGUCAUGUAUGUGACGUGUGUGGCAAGAAAUUCUCUUCUUGGAAUGGGAUCAAAGAACAUAUGAGAGGCCACACAAAGGAGAAUCGAUACAUGUGUGAUAUUUGCAAUAAGACAUUUUUUGUGAAAUGGAGACUAGUAAGGCACAUGACAGUGCAUUCAAAUGAGAAGCCCUUCAGAUGUGAUACUUGCAAGAAGUCUUUCGCAUACAAGACCACUCUUAUAAAACAUGUCAAACUACAUGCAAAGGAGAUUUGCUUUGAGAUUUGCAACAAGGCUUUCGGACAAAAAACUACUUUCGUGAAUCAUAUGAGAGUACAUACAAAAGAAAAGCCCUACAGCUGUGAGAUUUGCAACAAGGCUUUCUCAGAAAAGGGUGCUCUAGUGAGGCAUAUAAGAAUACAUACAAAGGAGAAGCCAUAUAGCUGUGAAAUCUGCAACAAGGCUUUCACAUUAAAGUCUCAUCAAGUGAGGCAUAUGAAAAUACAUACAAAAGAAAGGCCAUAUAGCUGUGAGAUUUGCAACAAGGCUUUCAGAAUAAAGUCUCAUCAAGUGAGUCAUAUGAAAGUACAUACAAUAGAAGGGUCAUAUAGCUGUGAGAUUUGCGACAAGGCUUUCACACACAAAAAAACUCUAGUGAGGCAUACGAGAAUACAUACAAAAGGGAAUCCAUAUAGCUGUGAGAUUUGCAACAAGGCUUUCACACAAAAGAACGAUCUAGUGAGACAUAUGAGUGUCCAUACAGAAGAAAGGCCAUACAGCUGUGAGAUUUGCAACAAGACUUUCAAACAUAAGGUCUCUACUCCAGCCAAGGGCCGGGUCGGGGAGACGUCUUCGCCAGAACAGUCUGCUGCCAAGACGGAUGAAAUGUCUAAGAAUAUAAUUAAAGGGAUCUCUGCGCGACCGACCGAGAGGCGAAGGCAGCGUGAGGGAGCCGAGUCUCCUUCGAGGGUCUUGGGCAUGAGGAGAGGAAAGCCCAGGGGUCUCCAAGGGUCUCCAGGGGUCUCCAGGGGGCCGAUGUUACCCCUUGGGGAUCAGUACGACUCUGCAAAGGGCAAAGGUCAGCUCUCAAAAGAAGUAAAUAAAAUAAAACCCCAAGGCGUAAAUAUCCCAAGGGAUACUUUGGACUGCAGUGAAGACCCCUGGGCCAGCCCUCCCCCAUCCCCAGGACCCGGGAAGGAGCCUCAGGUCCUUCCCUCUCCCUUCGUCUCUCGUCCAGUCGAGCAGACUUCCCUUGAGCGAAGAGUCGUAGCGUUGACGACCAAGGAAAGGCGCGCGUGGCCAAUCAGCUGCGAGGAGCUUACCUGUGUGGAGAGUGAGGGAAGCCUUAAGGAUGGUAAUGGCAUCUUAGGAACGCCAUUUCUGGCUGAGGACAGUGGGAGCAAGUGUUCAUCAGAUGGGAAUCAGGCGAUGCACAAGGAAAAUCCUGAGGGGGAUAUACUAACACAAGUGGAAGCCACAUUGAAAUGUCAUGUAUGUGACGUGUGUGGCAAGAAAUUCUCUUCUCGGAGAGGGGUACAUACAAAAGAAAAGCCAUACUGCUGUGAAAUUUGCAACAAGGCUUUCUCAGAAAAGAGUGGUCUAGUGAUGCAUAUAAGAAUACAUACAAAAGAGAAGCUAUAUAGCUGUGAGAUUUGCAAAAAGGCUUUCACAGUAAAGUCUCAUCUAGUGAGUCAUAUGAAAGUACAUACAAACGAAAGGCCAUAUAGCUGUGAGAAUUGCAACAAGGCUUUCAAACAGAAAAUGACUCUAGUGAGACAUACAAAAAGACAUACAAAAGCGAAGCCAUACAGCUGUGAGACUUGCAACAAGGCUUUCACAGAAAAGCAUGAUCUAGUGAGACAUAUGAGAGUUCAUACAAAAGAAAGGCCAUAUAGCUGUGAGAUUUGCAACAAGGCUUUCAAACAGAAAAUGGCUCUAGUGAGACAUAUGAGAGUACAUACAAAAGAGAAUCCAUAUAGCUGUUAUUUACAACAAGGCUUACAAACAGAAAAUGACUCUAGUGAGACAUACAAAAAUACAUACAAAAGAGAAGCCAUACAGCUGUGAGAUUUGCAACAAGGCUUUCACAGACAAAAGGAAUCUAGUGAGACAUGUGAAAGUACAUACAAAUAGAGCUGUUUUACAAAAUGGCAUUUUCACAGAAACACAUUAUGGUGAGCCACAUGAGAUUACGUACAAAAGAGAAGGCAAGUAUGAAAUGGAACCUCACAGAAUUGUUACCUAGUGCCACACAUGAGAAUACAUACAAACGAGAAGCCAAACAGCUGUGAGAUUUGUACUAGUUCUCGGUCUAUAUAUAAUUUUACAUAGAGGUCACGAACCAUGUAAAAGGUGAAGGUCUAUAGAUAUACUUUCACCCAUAAAAGAUAUCUUGUAGGGAUCAUGAGGAGUAUGAAUCAGCCCCAUUUUUAUCCCAAAGAAACAUACUUCCUCUUGACAUUAUUGUGGAAGAAUUGGCCU